UUAGGCUCAAGCUAUAAACUAAAUCUAAAGCUGCUCACAUGGAAUUCGUGCUUUUAAAUAAACAACAGUUUAACGUUGAAUCGAUGUAGCAGUUAAAUUACACAGUAAACAGUAUAAUAAAGAGAAAUAGUAACUGCAAAUGGGAAAAUCUAAGAAAGAGCUACUAAGUGAAAAUUUCAGUAAAUUUGAUGGUUUUGGAGUUGAUUUUAAAUGCAAGUUAAUUGGUUUUUGUGAUGUAUCAGUUUCACGAGGUGAUGAUGUUUGUCAAGAAGCUAUCAGUAAACUGAAGCAACAUGCAUUAAAAAUGAACAAAGAAAAAAAAGAACAUAAACAACGGAUCACUGUCAACAUUACUCUGAAAGGAAUCCGUUUACUUGAUGAACAAACAGAGAAAAUUCUAUAUGCACAUCCAAUUCAACGAAUAUCAUUUAUCAGCCAUGACAGUGAAGACAAAAGAACUUUUGGAUAUAUUGUGGGCACCAAAGAAGGCUAUAAAUUAUUUGCAAUAAGAACACCGAAAGAGGCUGAGUUAAUAACAAAAACCUUGAAAGAGUUAUUCCAAGAAGUUUUUGAUCGUUACAAGAGCGAUAAAGAGGGAAAUCAAAAAGAAUCACAAGAAAAAAACAAUUUACCAGCUGACAAUGUCCAAGAAACAGAAACGUUUGACAAAAAUGAAAUAAAUGAGAAUCGAACUGAAGGAGGUUUGUUGAACUGGGAUACCCUUAAUGAUCAAAUAAAAGUUAUGCAAAAUGAUGUCAAUGAAGAUUCAUCUUUUAUGACAGACUUUCAAGGUCAAAAACAAACAACCAACCCAUUUGAUGAUGACAACUUUGUUUUUAAAACUGAAGAAAACAUAGAUUUGUUUGGAAGUGUUUCUUUAUUUUCAGACACAACUACAGUUAAAACUAAUAAUAAUGCCUCCGAUGACUUAUUUAAUCUAAUAGCUUCUCCUCCCCCUGUUCCUGAAAGACAUUUUUCUGAUGAUUUUUCUGACGGCUCGCUAUUAAUCAGUGAUCCGUUUGCUGAAUUAAAAAAGAACAUUAAUGAACUGCACAAACAAACUAAAUUUCAACAACAACAACCAUUUGGUUACCAAGGCGUGUUUCCUUCGACUCCUGUUGCUUUUCCCCAAUACCAACAGUCUGGGUUUCAAAAUAGUUUAUACCACCAGCCUCAACUAGCAGUAAACAAUCCAUUUGCACCUACUGCAAAGUUUCCUCUUAAUGUUGCUUCUCAUCACCAGGCACCAAACAAUGCUGUUCCACUUCAACCAGCAAUGAACAACCCUUUUUUCCAACAACCUAUGCAAUCUCAAAACUUUUCUGCCCAAGAAGACAAUUCUGGCUGGACUGUCACUCGACCAACUCCUGCACCGAGACAAGACGUUAAAAAACCGCAACUAAGUACUCAAGAUCCUUUUGCUUUCCUAAAUAAUCAAACUGGUUCUAAAAACUCCACUGUCUCCGCUUCGUCUCCGAAACUACUCAAAGAAACCUCGACACCUCGUAACGAUGUGUUUGAUUUGCUAAGCUAACUCAAACUAUGGCGUUAAAGAAAUUUAAAAAAAAUUGUAAUAAAAUGGUUUCUGUCUAAAGUGGUGUUAAUAGU